GUCAGUCCUCCAAGCUCUUGUAUGUGAUGCACAACUCAGAGUUCCCGCUCAGCUGCAUGGCUCUGUUCGAAGGAGGACCCUGUCUGACUGCGGACGCAAACUUUGACGUCCUCAUGGUGAAGCUGAAGAGUCAUUUCCAGAACGCCAAGGGACACAAGGUGGAAUGUCGGGGUUCGAGGUAUCGCUACUGUGACUUCCUGAUCAAAGUCGGCACGGUCGCGAUGAGCUCCAGUGUCAGAGGGAUCUCAGUGGAGGUGGAAUACUGUCCCUGUGUGGUUCCAGGGGACUGCUGGAACCUCAUGAAGGAGUUCAUGCAGUCUUUCCUCAGCAACAACGUCCCCGAACUUCCAACUGUGUUCGCAGCCAAACCCGAGGGUGUUUUUGCACCAGCGGACUGCGUCGACACCAUGACUCAGUACUUAGAGCUGUUCAACAAACUCCGAAAACUACAAAUGACUGGAAGCAACGUGCGUUGAGUCAGCAGGACUAAACUUUUCUGAAUGUUUGUACUGAUGUUAAUUCUGAUCCUAUGGAUCUGCAUAUUGUUUCUGUAGCUUUAACUUUACUUUUUUAACCUACUUUAUGAAAACAUUUGGUAUUAAAGAGACUAUUAGUAGAAAAAUA